UCCUGACAGAGGCGGCACCUUCAGUACGGCUUAAUUUUUUUAUCCCAGCAUUCUGGUCUAAUGGACACACUCUUUGUAAAUGCUUUUUAAGAAUAAUCAGUCUUGUAAGACACACACUGGCUCCUCAGCAGGCCCUGGCCUUGAGUCUUAUUUGAAGGGAUUUAACUUCACUGGUGAACCGCCUUGGCUGCUCUGUACCUGAAUAAUUGCACCAAUCAAAUUUCAUCUCUUUUAUAUCCAAUUUCCUAGUGACUACUCAAAAGGAUUUAUUGUGAGCAUGGAAACUGCCACCGAGUUUGACUUCUCUUUCCUUGAGGAGGGCUUCUCUGCACGGGAUAUCGUCGAGCAGAAGAUCAAUGAGUCAUCCAUGACGGAUGACAGGGAUGCCUUCUACGUCUGCGACUUGGGGGAUGUCUUCAAGAAGCACUUGCGCUGGGUGAGGGCCCUGCCACGCGUCACUCCCUUCUACGCCGUCAAAUGCAACGACAGUCAGGCUGUAGUCAUGGUACUGGCCUCCCUGGGAGCUGGCUUCGACUGUGCAAGCAAGACGGAGAUUCAUAUGGUUCAGUCUCUGGGGGUGGAUCCAAGCAGAAUCAUCUAUGCCAACCCCUGCAAGCAAGUUUCCCAGAUCAAGUACGCAUCUGCCCACGGCGUCCGGAUGAUGACCUUUGAUAGCGAGGUGGAACUCAUGAAAGUGGCCCGCUGUCAUGAAAAUGCCAAGCUGGUGCUGCGUAUUGCCACAGAUGACUCUAAGGCUGUGUGUCGCCUGAGCGUGAAGUUUGGUGUGACACUCAAAGCGUGUCGAGGUCUCCUGGAGAAAGCUAAGGAACUGGGGCUGGAUGUGAUUGGCGUCAGCUUCCAUGUUGGCAGUGGCUGCACCGAUCCCGAGACCUACUCUCAGGCGAUCGCUGAUGCCCGUUAUGUCUUCGAUAUAGGGGCUGAGGUGGGCUUCAACAUGGACCUGCUGGACAUCGGAGGUGGAUUUCCUGGUUCAGAUGAUACUGAACUCAAAUUCGAAGAGAUCACUGCAGUCAUCACCCCAGCCCUGGAUAAGUAUUUCCCCGCUGACACUGGCAUUAAGAUCAUUUCUGAGCCAGGACGCUUUUAUGUGGCUUCUGCUUACACACUGGUCGUCAACAUCAUCGCCAAGAAGGUCAUCAUGGAUGAGGAAUCUGCCUCUGACGAGGAAGACGAGGGGACCACAGAUAGGACCCUGAUGUACUAUGUAAACGAUGGCGUUUAUGGAUCCUUCAAUUGUAUACUCUAUGACCAUGCUCACUGUUUGCCAACACUACAUAAGAAGCCAAAGCCAGAUCAGGUCAGAUACCCCUGCAGUAUCUGGGGCCCGACAUGUGAUGGACUCGAUCGCAUCGUCGAGCAGUGCUACCUGCCUGACCUGCAGGUAGGCGACUGGCUGAUCUUUGAUAACAUGGGGGCCUACACCGUGGCUGCUGCCUCCACCUUCAAUGGCUUCCAACGACCCGACAUUUAUUACGUCAUGUCUCGCACUGCCUGGCAACACGUGCAGCAGAUCUGUUCCCAGGGCAUGCCAGCUCCUGCGGAGGAGUCCUCCCUGUUGGAGGUGCCGGCUUGCUGUGGACGAGAGAGCAGCUUGGAGAUGCCCACUAAGCCCUGCCAGGCCCCUGUGGUGUAAACGCAUACCGUACAUCACAACAAUGUUCUCCUGAUCUAGCAUCUCUUUGUUAUUAUUAAUUAUUGGAGAAGUUUCUGUCUUUUCUUUUUCUUUCUUCUCCCCAUAUGUCAUGAUAUAUUUUGAAGGCCAGUUACUUGACAGGAGAACGAGAGGGGCAUGUUGUUGCACAAACAUCUGUGUUCUGUACAGAAGUUAGGAUCAACCCUAGAUAAAAUGAGGCUGAAUCAAACUCUUGAGUGUCUCUGUGUAUUCCAGGCAGAGUGUCACAGGGCUACUCUGUACUCGGAAAUUGUUGCUGCAGUAUUCCGCCCUUAAUUUUGGGAAAGUGACUUAAAAACUUGAGUACUGUUCGUUUAUGAAGAAACUAUUAGUGGAACUGAUAUCGUGUAAGGACUCUUAACACUUGAAGCUGUAGCCAAAGUCCAAGAGGACUAAUACUAAUCGCAAAUGCUAUUCAUUUAAAGUGGACCUAUCAUGCUAUAUUUUAAACAUAUAUUGUAGGGCCAUACCUAUAUAAAA